AUGGCAAACACUGAUACAACAGAAGAGGCGAAAAAGUCUCUUUACCAAAACCUCCGAGCAUGGGGAGAGAAUCCAUUGCCACCAACGCUCCUUGCGACGCUCAUUACUGCUCAACACAUGCGACCAUUCCAAUUAUUCCCCAUGACAUUCGUCCCCGUUUUGCUGUUUACAUCAUAUGCGAACUUGAAUGGAUUCGAGAAAGAUAGUGCUGGUAUUAGCGCGGCGUGGUCCGGGUUAUACCUUAUUCUUGCCAGCCGACGAAAGCAGGCCUUUAUGAAGAAAUGGGGAGCUCGAGGCAUCGUUCGAGGCACUACAAUGGGCUUAUGCUUAGUGAACAUGGUUGCGGGAGGAUUGGCAUAUACCUUGGGAAAGAAAGACGAGGAAGAGGAGAGCGAUUAG